AUGGCCAGUACAACACAGGCGUUCAGUAAAGACCUCACACCACAUCCCUGGGCGAACUCGUUCGUCUAUGGGAAGGGGGUGAAUGGCGUCGCCUACCUGAGGUUUGGGGUGAGCAACGAGGCCAGGGAGAAAACCUUCCUCAGGGGCCUGGAACAACAGGUCACGGUGAAUGAGGGGACAGCAAACGUGAUCUUAAAACGCAGCCUCCUAGCGCAAAAAUUGGGACGCCCCCUGCAGGACCUGGCAGGGACCAACCUCUACAUCGCGGUGACUUUCAUAGAGACCGCCAGCGGGGAGAUGGAGGAGGAGGAGCUGAGCACUGUCAAGUUCGUGACGUCUCCCUACAGCGUGGACCUGUCGCAAACCAAACGGCACUUCAUCCCCAGAGCGCCCUUCCUCGUGCUGGCCCGCAUCACCUUGGCCGACGGCUCCCCGGCCCCUCGCACCCCCGUGUGGGUCUCAGCCGAGGUCUCAGGGGGCACGUCCCACCCCGAGACACGGGUGGUGGCGGACGAGAACGGGGUGGUGAUGUUCCCCCUCAACCUGGACUCCAGAGCCAGCGCCCUCACCCUGAAGGUGGUGGCGGGGGAGAGGGACCGGGCCGAGGCGUCUCUCCGGGCCACGGCAGUUCGGUCCCCCAGCGGGAGCUACCUGGUGCUGGAGACCCAGCGCUCGGGCGCCGUGAGGCCCGGCCAGUCUCUCUCCGUGGGGCUCAAGGACCUCGACUCCGGCGACUUCUCCCACUUCUACUACAUGCUGGAGCUGCGGCUAGACUCGGACAGCUGGGAGCUCCGCCCCCACACCACGCUCAAGUUCACGGUGGCCACCGACUCCCGCGCCUCCGUCUCCCUGGUGGCCGUCGACUCGGCCGUCUACAUCGUCAACCGCCGGCACCGCCUCACGCCCGCCAAGGUGUUCGCGGCCAUGGACAGCUACGACCUGGGCUGCUCGCCGGGCAGUGGGGCCGACGCCCUGGGGGUCUUCGAAGACGCCGGCCUGGCCCUGCGCGUGGGGGAGCUGGAGAGCCGGCUGCGGAGCGGGCACGGCUGCGGCCAGGAUGCCCCCCGCAGGAAGCGCUCCAAGGACUUUCUGCGGCAGGCCCAGGAGAAGACCUCGCGGUACAAGGAGAACCCGGUGGCUCUGAAGUGCUGCCAGGACGGGAUGACCCGGGUGCCGAUGCGCCUGACGUGUGAGCAGCGAGCGACGCGGAUCAAGGGCCCCAACGCAGCCCGCUGCCGACAGCCCUUCCUGGACUGCUGCCAAUUCGCCACCGAGCUGCGGCGCAAGGCCCGGGCCUGGGGCUCUGGCGGGCUGGCCCGGGUGAACCUCGAGGUGGACGAGGACGAUUUCUUCAACGACGAUUCUGUGCAGACCCGGAGCGUCUUCCCCGAGAGCUGGCUCUGGAAAACCAUCACCGUGGACGGGAGCAGCCGGCAAACCCACCUGGUGCCGGAUUCGAUCACCACCUGGGAGAUCCAGGCCAUCAGCAUGUCGCCGACCACCGGGAUCUGCGUCUCCGACCCGCUCAGCGUCCGCGUCUUCCAGGAUUUCCACGUCUCGCUGCGGCUGCCCUACGCGGUGAAGCGAUUCGAGCAGCUGGAGCUGCGCCCGGUGCUGUACAACUACCAGGAUCGGCCCGUCAACGUGAGGGGCCCCCGCUCGGCCAGAGAAGGCGCCACCCACCUGGAGGAGAUGAGCUUCUCACUGGAUUCGGAAGAGCGGCUCAGCCGGGCGCUGGAGAUCCCCGGGGAGCUGCCCCCCAACGCCCUCCCCGACGGGGACUUCAAGAUGGGCGUCCGCGUCACGGCUGAUGUGCCCGUGGACACGCUGGACAAGUCGCUCUCGCCCGCCGGGCUGGUGGGACUCCUGCGGGUGCCGCGGGGCUGCGCGGAGCAGACGAUGAUCUACAUGGCGCCCGGGCUCUACGCCAUGCACUACCUGGACGAGACGGAGCAGUGGACCCAGCUCAAACCCGAGCGCAAGCAGGAGGGGCUGGAGCACCUGCGCGUGGGCUACGAGCGGAUCCUGACCUUCCGCAAGCAGGACGGGUCGUACGGCGCCUGGCUGGACCGGGCCAGCAGCACCUGGCUGACGGCGUUCGUGGUGAAGGUCCUGGCACUCAGCCGGCAGUACCAGGCCGUGGACAAUGCCGGGAUUCGAGAGUCGGUGACAUGGCUGCUGGGGAAGCAACAGGCCGACGGCUCCUUCCGCGACCCGCAGCCCGUCAUCCACCGGGACAUGCAGGGCGGCGUCGGGGGGCACCAGGGGGGCGUCUCGCUCACGGCGUUCGUGGUGGUGGCCCUGAAGCAGGCGCUGGCGGUGUACGAGGGGCAAGAGGACAACCCGGAGCUGCAGACAGAGAAGCAGCAGCAGCUGGAUCGCGUGGUGCUGAAGCAGUACAACGUGCUGGAGCUGCACAACGGCUCGUGCCAGAGCCUGGGGCUGGAGGUGACGGUCAGCGGGGACGUGCGCUUCGAGGUGGACGAGGAGGAUGACUAUGACUAUGAGUACGAGGGGGAGGCCCCCGCGGCCGAGGCCCCGCUCCACCCCAUCCACUGGUUCGACGCCCGGCGCCGGCGCCGCAGGGAGGCGGCCGACCCCAGCAAGCGCAACAAGGACGUGGCCUAUUCUGUCUGCAUCUGGAGGCAGCCGGGCUCCAGUCUCUCCGGCAUGGCCAUCGCCGACAUCACCCUGCUGAGCGGCUUCCAGCCCCACAUAGACGAUCUCGACAAG